ACUGUUUUCGCAAACACUUCAAAGACAUUGAAUUGCAUUGAAAUGCAUUGAAAACAGGCGUUGAAUGCAUUAAAGCCUACAUUUCGACACUCUAUACGAGAGUAAAGGCAAACAUCAAAGCCAUAGACGACUCAAUUGAGUGUUUAUUAAAAUCACAAUUGAUUUGAUUUAACGGUUGAAAGCGAUUAAAGCGUUUGCAUUGAAUCGAUGGCACAAUUGUUGCGCUUAGUGUCACAUCCGGUGACCACCCGAUCGUUGCUCAAGAGCUGCAAUGUAUUGCCCGCAGUGUUGGGCAACACUUCGUACGAAAGUCGGCGUCAAUUCUUCGGCAAACUUCGACGAGUGGACGGAACAGAUGUGAAGGAGUCUGAGAUCCGAUUGCCCGACGAGAUAGAGCACGCGACCGGACUCGAGAAGCUGCUCCUUCUCGCCGAAGAGAAGGGCAUUGACGACCCCUUUUGCUCCAAACCCAGACAUCGCGGACCCGGAACUAAAGAGCAGCCAAAUCUCGUGCCGUCCUUUGAAGACAAGCGUCUGAUCGGCUGUCUGUGCGAAGAAGACGCCACUCAUCUGAACUACAUGUGGGUCCAUAUGAGUGAACCGAAGCGUUGCGAAUGUGGCUAUUAUUUCAAAGCGGUCGCCGCCCGCAAGUUCUGGGAAGAGCUCGACACCAAACUCGGCGCCUGAACUCAAUCCUAGACAUACUCUUAAAUCCCUUAUGUUAUCAGAAAUUAUCAGUGAUUUCUCGAUCGAAAUGUAUUUAAUUUAGAUAUGAAUUUAAUUAAAAACAUAUGUUUAGUUAAGUUUAAAACAAAUCACUGCCUAUUGUUUUGCCGUAUAAUUAGUAUAAAGUAUAUUACGAUUGAUUUAGAUAUUAAUCACCAAUCAUUUUGAGUGGCAUUUAAUGUGUUUUUCAUAAAAUAAUUAAACAUUUAAUGCAACGAAAAUAUUAGUCGACUUCAAAAUUGUAUAAAUG